UGUCCUUCCGCAGGGAUCCGUUCCCUCCCCAAUUCUAUUCAAUGUAUACAGCAGACAUAACGGAAACUACAGCGAGGAAAUGUAUGUAUGCCGAUGAUGUGGGCUUAGUCAAAAUCAUUCAAAGAGCUGGAAGAAAUACUAAGGAAGGACUUGGGUAAAGUUCACACGUACUUUAAUACAUGGCACCUUACACUAAACCCCAAUAAGACCAUAGCUAUAGUCUUCCAUCUAAACAACAAAUAAGCCGAAAAGAAGCUCAACCUGUCAAUUGAGGAAGUACCCAUACCCAACGAACGUAACCCAAAAUAUCUCGGCAUAAAACUAAACAAGUCCCUAAAUUUCAAACACCACUUGGAAGGAGUUAGGAAUAAAAUCAAAUCAAGAAACAUGAUUCUUACAAAAUUAGCGGGAACAAGCUGGGGAUGUAAGGCCAAUGUACUGCGCACGUCGGCUAUGGCUUUAGUCUACAGCGUCUCCGAGUACUACGCUCCUGUGUGGGGAAGAAACACGCACUGUAAAUCUGUAGACUCGCAGCUCAAACACACAAUGAGGAUCAUAACAGGUGCCAUUAAAUCCAAUAACAUACAAUGGCUGCUGGUCCUCGUCAACAUAGCUCAACCCGAUAUUCGCCAUUAGGCCGCAACUGCCAAGAUAAUGCUACGAAUCAAAAACUCCCCCGACCUGCCUGUCCACAAGAAUGUGUUCCAGGCACGCGACAUAAGACUUAAAUCCAGACACCCUAUUUGGACAAACUUGGACUUUUCGGAGUCUGUGGAGGAUAAAUGUAAGACAAUAGAGUACGCAACCAAUAUCUAAUAGAAGAUUCUACACACAGACUCCCUGGCUUUGAUCUCACAAGGGCAGAAUGGACUAAACUUAACAGUGAGGACGGAGCAGGGUAAAUGCGAUUACCUCAUGCAUAAAUGAGGUAUGGUGGACUCUCCAGACUGCGCUUGUGGUCAGGCGCAGACAGUCAGACACGUUGCACAAGAAUGCCCACCAUCACGAUUUGAAAGAGGCAUUGACGGACUUCAUGAAGCCGGGGAAGCAGCUAGAAAAUAUCUAAAAUAUCUAGAUCCACGCUUAUGAACCAACAUUUAGACCCUCACUUAAUUAAUCGUAUAACCAAAUUUUUGACUUUGUUUUUAACCCCAAUUAUUAACUAUCUAUAUUACCAC